AAUAUUAUACUAUUACGAUUCAUAAUAUUGUAAAAAACGGAACGUUAUUUGAAAUGUGCUUUAAAUAUUAUUACGUUGUAGAUUUGACUAAACGACUUGUGUUCGUUUAAUGAAUUAUAUUGUUUGUAUUUGAUUUUACUUAUUUUGGCCUAUCAUUCUGGAUUCGAGUUCAUAAGUUAUUUAGUUAUGGCAUUAGAUUUGAAUCAAAUACCAGCCUUGCCAUCCAAAACUACAUUUGUUUUACAUCUCGUACUAAUUACUUGGAGUGUACAAGGACGAUGGAGUCCAGACUCAUAUCUUUUUUAUAAUAUUAUGUUCAUGGGCUGUGUGUUGUGGGCAAUGCAUCAUAUAGAAAAUGAAAAACCAGCACAGCUAGCUAUUUCUGUAAAUCUUGCAACAGUAGUAUUAGAUGCAAUUACUAUUUAUUGUUAUUUUCCCUCCUCAUUUUGGUUGUCAGAAAUAUUCAGUGUUCUUUGCGCCAUGGUAAAUAUGGUUCUACGUUUUGUAACACUUUCAAUUCUUAGUCGAAUAUGUAUAGACAGCAGCAAUGGAGCCACUGAUGGCAUACCACCUCCCUUACAAAAUUAUAUAAGUAGGGGGACUAAUAACCCACAAACAUACGAAGAUAUUGAUCAGCCACCACAGCAACAGCAAACUCCAAGCAAUGCCCCUUUUUUUACACCUUACCGUUAAAAACUACCAAGUUAUUCUAAUACAAUUUACAUUAUGUUAAUUGUACUAACGUGAUGUUUGAAAAUCGUUGUAAAAUUCGGAAAAAAAGUCUCAUUAUUGUGUCAUAACUUAAAUUUUUGUUUUAAACUAGUUAUUUUAUUAAUAAAA